UGCGAGAGGCGGGCCGGGGGUGCAGGUCGGCGGAACAUGGCUUCUCUCGCGCGAACUCUACGCUUUGCUGCCCUCUUCAGACCCUCGGCGGUGGUGGGCGUGGUGCCGAGAGCCGCGGCGGUGGGAUGCCUGCACACACUGGCCUCGAGGGAGAGCAGACAGCCCCACACAGCGCUUUUGUGGGCGAUCGCGAAGAAACCAGUUUUUAGGCAGAGCACCAAGCAAUACAGCAAGAAGCCCAACUUGGAUGAUAUUUCAGAGAGAGUUCUUGGUAUAUGUAAGCUAUAUU